GACCAAAGUCCGCCAGAGCGAGCCGGCUGUCCCCAGCGGACAACAUCGCUGGCCUGCAUGCGCUGUGACGAAGCAUGUGCAGUGCUGGCUAUAUAUCCGUCACCCACCAUGUUCUCAUGUGCCUGUAACUCUCCCCACUCGCACUGGGCUCAUCAUCCCACAUCCAUCGCUGCAACCCUCCUUCCAUCCAAACCAGACUCAGACUCAGACUCAGACUCAUGAGUUCACUCCCUUCUCCCAUCGUCGAUGCAGACCUCAGUUGCAUCCUCGAUUCCGCAAACAAGCCGCACCGCCAGCUCAUUGAUGCACCGGCAACCUCGUCGGUUGCUGAUGUCCUGGGCCUCAUGUCGGAGCACCGUCUCUCAGCCAUCCCGAUCUGGGGACAGGCUGGCCACUGGCUCUCGGCAGGCACCACCGAGGCCAACACAAUCGACCACGAAAAGCAAUACAUUGCCGUCGUGAGCAUCUUGGAUAUUGUCGUUUAUAUCACAUCCACAACAAUGUCCAACCAGUCCCUCAGCUCCAUCUCAAUCAUGCUGGUCGUUGGCGAAACCAAUGAGGGCAAGAGCCUCUGGGUGGCUUCUCCGCACGACAAGAUCCGACGUAUGCUGGAGCCUCUCAGCAAGGGCAUUCACCGCAUUCUUGUGGGACCCGUCGACGGCGUCGAGACGGACUCGAUGCACUUCCAGAUGCUCACCCAGUCCGACAUUAUCCGAUACAUUCUGCAGCACUCCGAUAUGGACUACCAGCUCUCGAAGCAUCUCUCCAUCUCGAUUUACGAAGCCGGCCUCUGCAAUCCCGUUUCCAGCCUGGUGUUCACGGCCGACAUGUCGUCUUCGGUGAUGGACAUCUUCCGGGCCAUGGUGGUCCAUAAUCUCAGCGCCGUCCCCGUCGUCAAUCCUCUGCUGGGCGGAAUUCUGGUCAACACCAUCUCGAUCAGCGAUCUGCGCGACGUUUUGCUUGCAUCCAAGGUCAAGCUGGCCAAGCUGAUAGCGAUGCUGUCCAACAUGACCGUGUUUGAGUUUCUGAAGCUCUCCAAGGGUCCAGAGUGCUUCAGCCGAUCCAUCGACCAGUCCUCCGUCACCUGCAGUAUCGAUACCUCUAUCGCCGAUGCCAUGCGGCUCACUUUGACGGGCCGGGUCCACCGAAUCUGGGUCGUUGACCGAGCCUACGCCGCCAUCGGCGCCAUCAGCCUCUCUGACUUUAUGCGGAAUCUGAAUGCAUGGUUCUACGAGCUGGAGUCGUGAUGGACCGAGGCCGGAAGCGUCACGAACCGAGACUGGUGUCGUGACAGCCGAGAUUGGAGUCCCAAUCCAGCUGCGACCGAUCAUUGCACAAUCCGUCCGUUGACAAUCAUAUGAGCCACUGCAGCCAACUCAUCGGCAUGUCUCGCAGCGACACGCUGUUGCUGCUCAUUGGCCCAUCCCCAGCUUUCGCUUGCGAACAUGAACUGCUUCAAGCCUGAAGACGGCGAUCAGCCAGCGCGGACGCAAGACCCGUUUGGAAUAGUGCUGAAACUGUAUGCUCCGCGGAUGAGGGUCGAUUGGGCUGGCACCGUCAAUAUAUUGUAUCCUUGUGAACACCCGCAGAUGCCGGCGGGAGCUGCUUCCGAGGCUUCCAUUUGCUGCA